AUGGACUACAUAUACAUCAUAACGGCCCUUCUUGGAUUGGUGAUUCUGUUGGCCUGGGUGUUUCUAUCCGGAAGAACUAGCUUCGGUACAGAUAGUCCGACGUUUGCAAUCGUUGGCCCCGUUGGAAGCGGAAAAACAGUGCUUUUUGAGCUUUUGACAAACCAUGUACUACCGGUGGGAACAGUAAUGUCGCAGGUGCCCACGAUUGAACUAGCAUAUACGGUGCCAUCUGCACCAGGGACUUUCACUUUGAUCGAUUACCCCGGCCAUCCAAAGCUUCAACAGCUCUAUUUGCAUGCAAAUCUGCGGGAUCCCGCAUUUGUUCGGAAACUCAAGGGUAUCUUGUUUGUUGUUGACAGUGCUUCGUUUUCCAAGGAGUAUUGUGAGCUCGCGGCCCGCCAAAUGCUCGACAUCUUCAAGGCAACCGAAGGCCGUCCAGACGGGGUGGACAUGGUGGUAUGCUGCAACCGUUGUGAUCUUUUCACAUCCAAGAAGCCUACAAGGAUACGCACGAUGCUUGAGGAAGAGAUUGAGACUCAACGGAAGCUAGAGGCCAAGAGUCUGGGAAAGGUCUCCGAUGGAGUGGAAGAACUGGACGAUUUGAUCGGCUCCCAACAGCGGUUCUCCUUCGCAAGUCUCGAGGGAAAUGUUGAUUUUGUUGAGGGCAAUUGUUACAAGAAUAAUGUGGGAAAGUGGGAGGAGUGGGUGCAAGAGAGAGGAGUAAACUAA